UUGUAACAGAUAUGAUGUCAUUGAUUUAACGCAAUUGUUUGCAAAAUGCUAUAAAAUGCCUUCCUGGAAAGGUCGAACACUGCAAGAAAAUGAAUAUGUUGUCAUGACAUUAUUAUCGAAUUAUUGAAGUUUGAUAAAGUAUGGAUCAAGCAUCAGGAAGCUCUGAAAAUCACAGUUAUCAAUAUGAUUCGCACUAUUCCAAUGCUUAUCAACAUCCAUCACCACCUAAUACAACUCCAUUGGUUCAGCUAACUCCUGCAACGACCUUUACGCAUCCAUAUCAUUCACAACAACCAUAUCCAGUUAAUCAAGAAUCAACUUAUACCUAUUUAACGCCGAAAACCAAUACUACUGUUGAAAGAGACGUAAUUGAAAAAAAGCUAGAUGAAAUUCGGGAACACCAAGACAUCGGUUUGAAAAUUUUAAAAAAUAUGGAAGCAAAAUUAAUAGCUAUUGAAAAGGCGAACAAUCCUAGCAUGGACGAUUUUGAGCUACCUGAUGGCUUCCCACUUCAAUCAAUGGAUGAUUUUAACCAAUUUGAGGAGGAUUCUGAUAAAAAACGAGCAGAAACUCUUAGAGAUUAUCUUAAAUUUGCUGGAGGACAUGACCUUCGUGAGGCUCUACAUAACUUUGUGAGAGCUGCAAUGACAGAAGAACUUGCAGAAAAAUUUACAUGGACUGGUAAAUCAGGACCAAAUAGUUCGCCAAAAAAGAAAUUUAAAGGAACAAAAAUGAUGAAAGUGUUUAUGAGUGCAGCAAAAAGAAUUAAGAAAAUUAAAACGUUCACUUUGAAUGAAUUCACUUCAAAUUUCUCCGAGGUCCUACGAUCUUAUAAACAAAUUUCGAAAGCUUUAAAGAAGAAGAGGGCAAACAGAGGCCAAAAUGAGGAAGAUUCAUAUUUAUUGUCAGAUGACGAAGAUAAUGAAGCAAUGAUGGAUGAAAAUUUAAACGAAAGAACAUCGAAAUUAAAUCCCUGGCUACUCUGCAUUUUGUAUUAAGAUUAAUCUAAUAAUUAUUAGUAAGA